UAAAGUUAUAGUAGUCCGUGCACAAGACCGUUGUUUUCCGCGAGUAGGAAAUUGUUGAAAGGGAGUUUUCCGCUGCGAAUUGCAGCAGAGGACUUAGAAGUAACUACCAUUUAAAACAAAAACAAGUCUCAUACUAUUUGUACAGAAAAACACAGAAAACAAGAACGCCUCAUGGCUGGAAGAGGAAGAGGCCGAGGGCAAAACGUGUCUUUUAACAUCGAACAGCUGGGAUUCGGCAGAGGCGAAGCAGUGCCUGUAUCCGUCACCCAGCCCCCUCCACUUUUCCCCACUCUAGUAUGUAUAUUGUUCAUUUAUGACCUAGAAAACAGGCCCCUUCCACUAAUUAAAGAUGUCGAGUAUGAAUACAUACUUGUAACUCAAAAAGACUUGAACACAAGAAUGAGAAACUCAUCAUUCCACCUGAAUACAGCAAUAGAGAUUAAAGAAAUUCAGCAAUACUCUGACAAAAUCCACAGCCCAUCUUAUGAAAAGGAAUUACCUGUUCUCUGGAAUCGAAUGCCAACUGAGCUAAAGAAAUCUAUGACAAAGAAGUUAACUAUAACAAAAUUGAAAACUGUAAAGAGUGGUAAAAAGAAAAAAACUGAAGAUCCUGAUAAAAUAUUUGCCAAACUGGAGAAGAAAGAAAUAGUUGAAAGUGAAGACGGAAAGGAAGACGAAGAUGAAAAGGAAAAAAGUGAUGACGAGAAAGUUGAAGUUGAAGAUGAUGUAGAGGAAGAGAUUGAUGAAGAAAUGGAUGAAGGGACAGAUUAUGCCAGUAAUUAUUUUGAUAAUGGUGAAGGUUAUCUAGAUGAGGAUGACAACCUUGAUGAAGGUGAAGCUCAGUUCUAGAAUUUUGAGUGAUUUUUAUGCAAAAUCAAGCAACUGGAAUAAAAGUAUUGUUUUGUUAA